AGCCGAGAUUCACUAGUCUGUAUUAGCCGCCGUAUUUAACUUCUUUCUUACGUAGAUCUUCUGUUUCCAGGCACUUCACAACCUCCCAAUAGUUAAUCAACUCACAACUUAGAGGGGUCGGGAUGCAGUCAAACGGCGCGGAAACGGUGGGUUAUAAGCCGUCGCUGACGGUGGAUGUCAGCGGAAACGACGCGGCGCGCGAAGACCCCCCGAACUACGCGAUCGCGAGUGUACAGAAAGCGGUGACGCCGCACGUGUCCACAAACAUUUUUGUGGCCGGCAUUCCGUCCUCUUGGGACGACGAGGCGCUGCGCGAUCGGUUCAAGGAGUUCGGCGAGAUUGUCUCCACAAAAGUAGUCAAGAACCGGCACUUCGGCUUCGUAAUGUUUAGGAAGGCCGACUCAGCCCAUGCAGCGAUUAAUGCGACACACCUGUCACAGCCGGCGCCAAAUUCCACGACGGUGUUGCACGUUUCCAUCGCCAUGCACGACGAAGGCCUCGACGAUCAGCCGAACGAUCGUCUUUUUAUUCGAGGGCUUCCGCAGUGGGCCACCAAGGAGCAUCUCCGCCAGAUGUUCUCGUCCUUUGGCACCAUCACGGAGUGUGCGGUGUUAAUGAACCCGCUGGGGCAGUGCAAAGGCUCUGGCUUUGUGCAGUUCGCCUCACAGCCGGAGGCGACGGCCGCCAUUAAAGCACGGGACUCAAUUAGCAUGGACGACUGGCCGCAUCAACUGGAGGUGAAGUACUCCGAGUCGACGGAGGUGCGUCAGAUGCGGCAGGAGCGCAACCGCAACCGCCAGCGACACUGGAUCCCCUCCCCGCAGUACCGCAGCGGCAACACCCCUAGCUCUCUCGCCUCCCCGUACCUCGGCUUCUCGCCCCCGAUGUCGGUCAUCCCGUCCCCGCAAGGAGUGCCCAUGAUGAACACAACGCCUUUUCCGAUCGUAUAUCCCCAAACGCCGCCGGCCACAGGUGCUCCAACCCAAAUUGUGUACCCCCAGCCGAUCUUUCAGACGUUGCCGCCGUUUUACUCUGCGCCUACCGUGCCUCUGCCGCCGCCGCUGCCGCUGCCGCAGAAGGGUGACCUCCACUUUAGCGGCCCACCGCUGACGGAGGACCUGUUACGACUGCUACUGCAAUCGUACGGUGAGGUUGAGGCCAUCAAAAAACUCGACAACGACGGUGGUAUUGCGGUGCGCCUGCGAGACCUCACGAAGCAUUCGCUGGUGGUGCAGCAGCUGAACGGGUCGCUCUUUUCCACAGGUCAGAUGCUCGCGGUGGGUAUCUACGCAUGA